AUGGACGAAUGCUCAGUAUGUAACACUGAAAUCCAGUCUGACGAGAAAAAUGUGAAAUGUGUGUAUUGCAGCAAUUCGUUGCACGUUAAAUGCGCGGGUCUAUCAGAUUCUCGCUAUAACAAGAUUCAGAAGGGACAUUGCUACUACUGUUCCGGUCAGUGUGAAACCUCGCAUGCAAACAGCAGAAAGAUGGACGAACUAUUAACUAAUAUGAAGUGCUUGCAAACGUCGAUGGACAAACUCAAUCAAAAAUGCGAAGAAAACGGUACAAAUCAGAAGAAAACGGAUGAUGCUGUGAGAAAACUGAGUGCGUCCAUGUGUGAACUCACAAAGUCUCAGAGUGACAUUAAGAAUUCGGUUGAAGAAGUGAAAUCUUCACAAGCGUUCAUUGCGGCUCAGUAUGAAGACAUCAAGUCCUUACACGAGGACAUGAAGAAGGACUUUGCAGGGUGUGUUACUAAAGUGAGCGAACAUGAUGGCCACAUUCAGGCCUUAAACAGCACUAUCGUCGAUAUGAAGAAGCGUCUGCGUCUGGCGGAGCAAAAUUUGUUGAAAAACGAAAUCAUCAUUAAUGGCAUACCCAAGGAACUCACUAUCGCAGAAUCGACGAUCAUCACAAAAGUAGCGGCUGCCGUAGGGGUGCAACUGUUCUCUACUGACAUCGAAAGAACCCUCCGGGCUAGGAACGGAAUGAUCCUGGUCGAAUUCAGCAACUCUAAAGUACGAAAUGACAUCCUUCGUGCUCGUAAGGGUAAAUCGGUGUAUGCUGAUGAAAUCGACUUUGGCAAUGCGGCGCUACCCACCAGCUCAAGGUCUUCUCCCAACAACAAGCGAUUCCAUACUAAGGUCUUCAUAAAUGAGAAUCUGACGAGAGAAACCCGUUCACUGUUUCGAGAAGCCAAAUCUCUCCGGGUAUCUCAUGGGUUCAAGUAUGUGUGGUGCAACAACGGGAACAUCUACUGUAAGAGAGACGACUCGGCAGAUGUCUACAUCAUCGAUUCCAUUGAGGAUCUCAAGAGAUUGCGUUCAUCUCCAAGGAAAGCUUGA